AUGUCACAAAAAAUGUUGACGAUGACAUCACCUGGGUCAAAAUCGAAGGCGUUUAUAUUCGAUGGGUUUAAUUACAAGUGGACGAUAGAGGAGGAUGGGACUCGUGUCUUGCGUCGAUAUAGUGCCUCUACGGAGUCAAGUUCCAAGGCUGUCGAUAGCGAACUAUGCGCGAAAUAUUCCGCUAUCAAACGGAAGCACCAUUCGGCGUUAUUGGUCGACCCCAGUCGGUGUGAUGAACGGGUGGCCAUUGCAACUUUGUUCAUAUGUUUGAGGAGAGAAGAGGGGCUGAGAGGACUUUUAGGUGGAAUUAUCAGGUAA